AUGGAGAUUCAGGAAACUGUAAACAAGGUCAGGAAGCAUCAUGCAAUAUGCAUCCCAUUUCCAGCACAAGGCCACUUAAAUCCCAUGUUCAAAUUGGCCAAAAUUCUUCACCAAAGAGGCUUCCAUAUCACUUUUGUGAACUCUGAAUAUAAUCACAGGAGACUGCUGAAAUCAAGGGGGCCUAACUCACUUGAUGGCCUUCCUUCUUUCCAGUUCAAAACCAUCCCUGAUGGACUUCCUUUUUCCGAUGCUGAUUCCACUCAAGAUGUGCCAUCCCUUUGUGAUUCCACCACCAAGAAUUGUUUGAGCCCUUUCAGGGAACUUGUCACUAAGAUCAAUAAUGACCCUGAUGUUCCUCAGGUUAGUUGUAUAGUUUCUGAUGGGAUCAUGAGUUUCACUCUUGAAGUUGCUCGAGCACUCGGCAUCCCGGAUGUCUUCUUCUGGACUAAUGGUGCCGCUGGUGUCAUGGCUUACUGGCAUUAUCGCCAUCUUGUAGAAAAGGGCUACACUCCUCUCAAAGAUUUGAGUUUUUUAACAAACGGGUAUAUGGAUACGGUUAUAGAUUGGAUUCCAUCGUUGGAAGGAAUAAGGUUGAGAGAUUUGCCAUCAUUUAUUAGGACCACUGAUCCGAAUGACAUUAUGCUGAAUUUUGCUAUUACUCAAGUUGAAAAGAUUCGUCUUCCUUCUGCACUCAUCCUUAACACUUUCUAUGAGCUGGAACCUGAAGUGAUGGAUGCAUUUCCUACAAUCUUUUCGACGAAAGUAUACAGCAUUGGCCCUUUACACCUCAUUGAAGAUCAACUUCCAAAUAAUGUGCUGAAAUCAUGGGGAUCAAGCCUGUGGAAAGAGGAAGAAGGGUGCAUUGAGUGGUUGGAUUCCAAGGAGCCUAACUCAGUCGUUUAUGUCAAUUUCGGGAGCGUGACGGUGUGUACCCCGGAUCAACUCGUCGAAUUCGCCUGGGGGCUGGCUAAAACCAAGAGGAAUUUCCUCUGGAUCAUUAGGCCUGAUUUAGUCAGGGGAGAUGCUGCGAUUCUGCCUCCUGAAUUCAUCUUAGAGACUAAGGACAGAAGCUUGCUAGCAGGUUGGUGCCCACAAGAAGAUGUUCUAAAACAUCCUUCUGUUGGAGGGUUCUUAACACACUGUGGAUGGAAUUCCACGUUUGAAUCCAUUUCCGCUGGCGUCCCGAUGCUCUGUUGGCCGUUUUUCGCCGAACAACAAACGAAUUGCUGGUAUUGUUGCAACCGUUUGGGGAUAGCGAUGGAGAUAGAUAACAACGUGAAGAGUGAAGAAGUUGAGAAACUUGUGAAUGAGUUGAUGGUUGGAGAGAAAGGUCAGGAGAUGAAGAAAAAGGCAACAAGACUGAAGAAAUUAGCAGAAGAGGCUAUCAUUGCUCCAACAGGAUCAUCUUACAAAAAUCUUGAGGACUUAAUUAACAAUGUGCUCAUUUCAGGGCCUGCUAUCUAG